UCCAGACUACAGCGGGAAGAGCGUCCCUGCGGUGGCUCGGCCUUCUCCUCUCUGAGAAGAGGAAGCCCCGGACCUCGGGAGCAGGAAGUGGUCCAGAAACUGCUCAGGUGUGGGUGUAGGUGGUUGAGCAACAGGCAGUCCUGCCUUCUUGAUUCCCCAUAAAGAUACAGUUCUCUGCAGUGCAUCUGAGAAGCAGCAGACAACCCAAAUUCUUGAGUCCCUGCCACCAUGAGGGAGACUUGGAUGGAGUUCCAGAUCCGAGCUUUGAUCUGACCCAGUCCCAGCCAUUGUGACCAUUUGGCUUUAAGGUGAUUGACGAGGACAGAGUCCCUAAGCUGCGAAGAGACUGAAUUUUGGAAACUACGUCCAGAACUCCACAGUGUGUAUUUAGGUGCUCUUCCCUCAGGCCUGCAGGUGGACAGCAAGAGCAACAGUGAUGAUAGCAUUUGAAGACCUGGCUGUGUACUUUACCUGGGAGGAAUGGCAGAACAUGAACCAAGCUCAGAAAAUCCUGUACAGGGAUGUGAUGCUGGAGACCUACAGCAGCCUGUUCUCCCUGGGGCACUGCAUGACCAAACCUGACUUGAUCUUCAAGUUGGAGCAAGGAGCAGAGCCCUGGAUGGGGGAAGAAUGCCUACAUCAGAGCCUUCCAGUUGCCAUGAAACUGGAUGAACUGAUUAAGACCAACCAGAAAAGUCUGGAGAAAAAUCUGAAUCAGAAUGUUAUGAAAAAUAAUAACACAUUAACUCCCAAGAGAGUUGAAUUCAGAAAAACACUUAAUUUAAGUAUAAGCCAUAUUCCAAAACUGAGUAUCAAAAAGAGAAACUAUUCAGGAAUAAAAUCUGAAGAAUGCAGUGUAUGUCAGAAUGUGUAUCCCCAUUGUGGGCCUGAUCAGCUACAAGCUGGAGAGAAAUUUGAUGCUACUAAGGCACCUGGGAACACUCUCCAGUUCUGUGAGCCUCUUAAUGAACAGCACAAAAUUCAGACCAUGGAGCAGGCACUUGAACAAAUUGGACAAGGGAAAGUCUUCAAAAGGAAGAAUAUAUUCUAUGGAUCUGAGAAGCUUUUUAUGGUAGAAACCUGCAAUAAGCCAACUGCUACUAUUGGCAAGACAACUGAAAUACUACAAGAUUUCCAUAAAAAGUCUAACCUCAGUAUACAUCAACAAAGUCCCAAAAGAGAGAAUGUUUAUAAGUAUAUUGGGCCUGUGGAACCUGUCAUUUACCAAUCAUAUGUUAGAAUGAAUCAUAGACCAAAUAUAGAGAAGGAAUCCUAUGCAUGUAAAACUUGUGGGAAGUCAUUCACUAAUAAAUUCUGCCAUCCCCUCCAUCACAGCACUCAUAUAGUGGAAAACCCUCAUGUGUGUAAUGAUUGUGGAGAAACCACUCACCAGAAGUCAGGUGUCAUUAGACAUCAGAGAAUUCACACAGGGUUGAAAUCUUAUAAAUGUAAUGACUGUGGGAAGUUCUUUGGCCAUAAGUCACACCUCAUAAAUCAUCAGAGAAUUCACACAGGGGAGAAACCUUAUGAAUGCAAUGACUGUGGAAAAGCCUUUGGCCAGAAGUCAAUCCUCAUAAUUCAUCAGAGAAGUCACACAGGGGAGAAGCCUUAUGAAUGCAAUGACUGUGGAAAAGCCUUUGGCCGGAAGUCAAUCCUCAUAAUUCAUCAGAGAAGUCACACAGGGGAGAGGCCUUAUGAGUGCAAUGACUGUGGAAAAGCCUUUGGCCAGAAGUCAAACCUCAGAAAGCAUCAGAGAAGUCACAGAGGGGAUAAGCCUUAUGAAUGCAAUGACUGUGGAAAGGCCUUUGGCCAGAAGUCAAACCUCAGAAAGCAUCAGAGAAGUCACACAGGGGAUAAGCCUUAUGAAUGUAAUCAUUGUGGAAAAGCUUUUGGCCAGAAGUCAUACCUCGUAAAUCAUCAGAGAAUUCACACAGGAGAGAAACCUUAUGAAUGCAGUGACUGUGGGAAAACCUUUGGCCAGAAGUCAAACCUCAUAAAUCAUCAGAGAAUUCACACAGGGGAGAAACCUUAUGAAUGCAAUGACUGUGGAAAUGCCUUUAGCCAGAAAUCAGCACUCACAAAUCAUCAGAGAAGUCACACAGGGGAGAAACCUUAUGAAUGCAGUGACUGUGGGAAAAUCUUUGGCCAGAAGUCAAACCUCAGAACGCAUCAGAGAAGUCACACCAUGGAGAAAGCUUAUAAAUGAAAUGACUGUGGAAAAGCCUUUGGUCCCAUCCUUGCAUACCAAGGAUAAAUCCCACUUGGUCUGGGUGGAUGAUCUUUCUGAUGCAUUGUUAGAUUCAGUUGGCCAGAAUUUUGUUGCAGAUCUUUGCAUGUAUGUUCACCAGGGAAAUUGGUCUAUAAUUACUUUCUCUGUUGUAGUUUUUUCAGGUUUAGGAAUGAAGGUGAUGCUGGCUUCAUAGAAAGAAUUUGGGAGAAUCACCUCUCUCUCAAUUGUUUUGAAUAACUUGAGAAGAAUUGCAGUUAGUUCUUCUUUAAAUGUCUGUCAGAAUUCAGCAGUGAAGCCAUCCAGUCCUGGAAUUUUCUUUGUGGCGAGGGUCUUUAUUACUGAUAUCAUUUCCAUCUGGUUGCGGGUGUGUUUAGUUUUCCUAUAUCUGUGUUGCUCAAUUUAGGAAGGUUUUAUGGAUGUAAGGAAGGUGGAAAGCCUUUUUGCUAUAAUUCAUAACUCAUAAGAUAUCAGAGAAUUCACACAGGGAAUUUUCUAUAUGACCUUUUUGUACAAGUUAUAUCUCAUGAAAUAUUAGAGAAUUCACCAAGGGGAGAAAUGCAUGAAUGUAAUAAAUGUGAAUAAGCCUUUGUGGUGCAAAUCAGACCUCAUCAAACAAAAGAAUUCUCAUGGGGAGAAAUUUUAUGAAUGUAAUGACUCAGAGCCUUUUACCAUAAUUCAGCCCUCAUUGUACAUCAUCAAAUUCAUAUAGGGAAAAACCCCUUUGAAAGUAAAAUCCCUUUAAUUACAAGCCAUACCUCAUAAGACAACAGGGAAUUCACAUGGGAGAGAAACAUAAUGGAUGUAAUGAGUGUUGGAAAGCUCUGCCCAAAUCUCUCCUUAGAAUGCACAACAUAUAUAUCUAAUGAAUGAAAUACAUGUGAGAAAGCCAUUUCACAUAAGUAAUGCCUCAUAAUCCAUCAUGGAGUUUGAACAAGGGAGAGACCUUAACAAUAUAAUGAAGGUGGAAGAGCUUUUCCCCAAAAUUCAUGUAAGUAUUGUGACAAAACCUUUUGCUGGAAAUCACAUCCUAUCUAACAGACUCAUGUAAGUGAGAAAGCUUAUAAAUAUUAUUAGUGUGAAAAUAUUGUCAGAAGUCAAUGGUACAUCAGAGAAUUGACACAGGUGGUUUCUUAGGAGUAUAAUGAUUGUGUAAAAACCUUUUCUUUAUUUCAGGCUUGUAUAGAUAUAGAAUUCACAAAAGGUAAUAUUCUUUGCAUGCUGUAAAUAUGAUAAAACCUCUAGCCAGAAAUUAGAGAUCAGCAGACUUCAGAGGAUUCAUAAGGAACAAAAUUCCAUGCAAUGACUUUGGAAAAAGUAUUUCUGCUAUAAAUCAGUCCUCAAUUCCCAUGAAUAGACUCACAAAUGAGAAAAUAUGCAUGCAUAGAAAAGUUUUGUUAUUUAUUUGAAAGAGUUACAGAUAGAGGUAGAGACACAGAGAGGUCCUCCAUUAGCUGGUUCACUCUACAGAUGACUACAAAGGCCGGAGCUGUUCCAUUCUGAAGCCUGGAGACAGGAGCUUCCUCCGGGUCUCCCACAUGGGUGCAUGGGCCCAAGGACUUGGGCCAUCUUCUUCUGCUAUCCCAGGACAUAGCAGAGAGCUGGAUUGGAAGAAGAGCAGCUGGAACUAGAACUGGCACCCAAAUGGGAUGCUGGCCCUUCAGGCCAGGGCUUUAACCCACUGCACCACAGCGCUGGCCCAAAUUUUUAUCUUUUUUAAGGAGUGACCAUGCUGUUCUCCAUAACAACUGUACUAAUUUGUGUUUUCACCGACCAUAUAUGAAGGUUUUCUUUUCCCAUAUGCUCUCUAGCAUUUGUUAUUUUUUAUCAUUUUGGCAUAAAGAUGAUAUAAUAUUGUUCAUGUUUUUGUGUAUUUUGAAAUCAGUUAUUUUGUUUAUUAAAUAUUUGUCUAUUUGAAAGGUGGAUUUAGAGAGAGAGAGGGAUAGACAGAGAUAGCUUUCAUCUGCUGGCUCACACCCCAGAGAGUUUCAAUAGUUGAGCCUGGGGCAUGCUGAAGUCAAGAGCUUCAUCCAAGUCUCCCACGUGAGUGGCAGGGACCCAAGUCCUUCGUCCAUCUUCUGCUGGUUUCCCAGGUGCUUUAGCAGUGAGCUAAAUUGGAAGUGGAGAAUCCUAAACUCAAAGUGAAACUCACAUGAUAUGCUGGCCUCACAGAUUGCAGCUUACCCCACUUAGCCACAAUGUCAGCCUCUCUAUCAAUUUAAUUCCUCAAAAAUAGGUCAGUAAUGUUGGCAUCUAUCUCAUUUUGUUUUCUCUCUGUUAUUAUUCAACUUAUUGAUGUCUUAUUUUUGUUCCCAUUAUUGCUCUCAAUUGCUCUACCCAUGGUCAGUAGCAGCUGCUGUGUUGCUUAAACGCAGUGUAUGCUUUAGAUUCCUCAUUUACUGAGUGCAUGUCAUUCUCAUAGCACUUCCCUGAAGUUCUACUAUGUCCCAAAUCCUCUUCUAGGCACAGAAUUCAGACCACUUUUCUGUUAGGCCUAGAUCUUGCCUUUAACAUACUACUUGGAAUUCAGUAGCUCAUGAAAUCUGCAGACUGCAUAAAUGAAUGAAUAUUUUGAGGGCUGUGAUUUUGUGGGGGAACUUCAUAAGAGACCGAAGGAAUAAAAUAAAUCAAAAGUAUCCAUAGUAUAUAAAAUGUAUACUAUUUAACAAGUCACAGAGAAGAGGAAGAAGAAGGAAAGUAGUGAGACUAGAAAGUUUGUGGCAAGACUAACAGGCACUGGUUGAGAACUUAAUAAGCCCAUUAGGAAAGCAGUAAGGUUUCUUUAUCUCCCUGUAGACUCUGCUCCCCAGAGGUGAACAGGGUCCUCUAAACCCACUUGCUGCACACACAAAAACCUGAGCGUUGUAUUCUCCCACAGAUGUUGGAGACUGAUAUUGUGUUCUGAUUUAUAUUUACAUAAUGGCCAGUGACAUUGGGCAUAGUCACAUGUUUUGGCCAUUUACAUUUCUUCUGAGAAAUGACUAUUCAGAUCCUUGCCUGUUUCUUCACUGUAGUUUUUGCAGUUUUUCCUAUAUAUAUAUAUAUAAGUUCUGGAAAUCUGUAAACAUUCAGAGUUUUAAUUUUUCCUGCCAUUCUGUUCAUUGUAUCUACACUCUGAUGUUUACUUUGUUUUGUAGAAGUAUCUUAGUUUGAUAUACUCAAAUGUCUGUUUUUAUUUUUGUUACUAUUGCUAUUGGAAUCUUACCCAAAACUAUUGUCUGUUGACAAUAUUUAGAGUUUCCCUAUGUUUACUUAGGUUUUGGUCUUAUGAUUAGAUUUUUAGUUCACUGUGAGUUCACUUUCACAUAGUGUAAGAGAUGUUGGAGUCUAUUUUCAGGCUUCUACAUAUGGGUAAUCAGGUUCCUCUGCACCACUUGUGAAAGAGAUUCUUCUUUCUCCAGUUCAUUUUAGUUCCUUUGUUAAAUAUGAGUUGCCGGUAGAAAUUUGGGUUUAUUUCUGUGCUACCUAUUCUUUUCCAUUGAACUAUGUGUCUGUUAUUAUGUCAGUGCUAACACUUCUUCUUUUUGUUUUUUACAGUUUAUUUAUUUAUUUGAAAGGCAGAGUUACAGAGAGGUAGAGGCAGAGAGAGAGAGGUCUUCCACCCACUGGUUUACUCCCCAAAUGGCCACAAUGGCCGGAGCUGUGUUGAUCUGAAUCCAAGUGUUAGGAGCUUCUUCCAGGUCUCUAUGCAGGUUCAGGGGCCCAAAGACUUUGGCCAUUUUCUACUUUUUUCUCAGGCUAUAACAGAGAGGGGUAUAAGAAGUGGAGCAGCUAGAAAACAUACUGGCAUCCACAUGAGAUGGUGGCACUGCAGACGGUGACUUUACCUGCUUUGUCAUAGUGCUGACCCCUGUAAUAUGUCUUAAAAUAUGGUAUGAUGUCUCCAGCUUUUUUUGUUUUAUAAUAUUGCUUUAGAUGUUAAGCAUCUCUCAUGUUUCUAUAUGAAUUUUAGCAUCAUUUUUUCUAGCUCUGAGAAGAAUAUCGUUGGUAUGUUGAUUGGGAUUGCAUUGAAUCUGUAAAUUGCUUUUGGUAGUAUGGACAUUUUGAUAUUAUUCUUCCCAUUCACAAACAUAAGUUUUCUGUGAGACUGUCAAAAAGCCUUGACAAAAAUUGGACUUUAUUACACAAAAAUUGAUCACUUUUUGGGAUCAUUUAAAUCCAUAUUUUUGCACUAAUAUUUGAUAAAUAAUGAAAGACUCUGAGCAUUUUAGUAGGAGAAAUUAAAAAUAUUUAUUUUACCAAUUUCUUCAAAUAUUGUUUAGAUUUGAUAUUCAAAUAUUGUUUAGAGCCAUUGUAGUCCCUCUAAAUUAGGAUCAUUUUGCUUUUUGCCUGUUAAACUAGUCCCUUGAUUCAACAACCCUUUUUAAUGUAAUGUAUACUUAAAAUGUCAUUUCAUAAGCUAAAAAAAUGACAAAGAAGGAAAAAGAAGGGAGGGAGGUUGAGUAUAUAAUUAUGUUCUUUGAUUUGUUUCUAUAAACCAUAUUGAAUCUUUUAAAAGCUAAUUAAAUUAAAACUCUAAAUUGGACCAUUAUGGCCAAUAUUUAAAACAAGUGAUUAAAACCUGUAGAUUUCUUCAAUUUUGAUUAUUUCUUAUUUAGAAUAUCUAAAAGAGAUCCGGUUUCUCACUUUAAAGUAUACCAAUGUACUAGAAUUCAGUAUUAAAUGACUUUGUUUAAAAGUGUUAUUUAAUCUAUUGCUUUAAGUGGUAAUACUAUGGCCAUUGAAAAACAAAAUCCUUAUCAUUUUUCAUAAAACAGAAAGGGCCUUUAAAACAUCAUCAUUAAAAAUAUUAAGAGACCUAAAGUAUAGCAUUCUUAAAACCCAAAUGAUACCACUCAAGAUUUUCAAACAUGCAGGGAUAGUUCAUGUCAAGUAACUAAAUAAUUGUUAAGUGUAUAUAUGUAAUAGCUUCUAUAAAUUCUUUUGGCAAGGGCUGGUACUGUGGCAUAGUGGGUGAGGCUGCCAGCUGCAGUGCUGGUAUUCCAUAGGGGCAUCAGUUCAAGACCUGACUGCUCCACUUCCUAUCCAACUCUCUGCUAUGGCCUGGGAAAGCACUAUAAAAUGGUCCAAGUCCUUGGGCCCCUGCACCUGCAUAGGAGACCAGGAAGAGGCUCCUGACUCCUGGCUUCUGGUUGGCACAGCUCCAGCCAUGGAGGCCAACUGUGGAGUGAACCAGUGAAUAGAAGACCACUCUCUCUGCCUCUCCUUCUCUCUGUAAUUCUGACUUUCAAAUAAUAUAAAUAAAUCUUUAAAAAAUUCUUUUGGCAAAUAGAUGAAGCUAUUAUACAUUUCAAAUAGCAAACAUACUAGAAAAAUAUAUUGAAUAACAUUUAAGCAACUCAUAAGUAUACACAGAAAUUUCUCACGAUAACAACACAGCAACCACUAAAUUUCCAAACUUAAUUUUCCACAACUUAUAAUCUUUAACUCCAGAAGGAGUACUAAAUUCACAGAACAGUAGCCUAUGUAUCAGGAUACCUAAUUCUAAUACAGAAUUAUCCCUGCUACAACUUACCUAUGUGACCUUGAUCAAUUCACUUUGCUUCUCUGGGCCUUGGCAUUGAGCAUCCUCAUGUGAUAAAGGAGGUUUGGGUAAGAUCAGUUGUACUCAAGAUCGACUUCAAUGAUCACUGUUUCCAAACAGGCACCUUAAGGGAAAGUAAAGCUUUAGAUCAAAGCUUACAUUUUUAAAUAUAAAUAUGUUUUAAACUCUUUCUACAACUAGUACAAAACAACACAUUCAAAUGUGUACCAUGCCACUUUUCAAUAUUUGGGACAAAUUAAUACAUCAUUUUAGAGCGUUGUCUUGAGGCCAGCACUGUGGUGUCGCCAGUAAAGCCACUGUAUGCAGUGUGGGCAUCCCAUAUGGAGGCUGGUUCAAGUUCCGGCUGCUCCACUUUCCAUCCAGCUCACUGCUAUAGCCUGGGAGAGCAGUAGAAGUUGGCCCAAGUCCUUGGGCCCCUGAAUCUGCAUGGGAGACCCGGAAGAGGUCCUGGCUCCAGGCUUCAGAUUGGCAUAUCUCUGACCUUUUAGGCCAUCUGGGGAGUGAACCAGCACAUGGAGGACCCCCCCCUCUCUCUCUCUCUUCCUCUUGUUCAUUAUCUGUGUAACUCUGACUUCCAAAUAAAUAAAUAAAUCUUUUAAAAAAUCAAAAGAAUAUUGUCUUGCACACAGUAAACCACUAAGUACAAGACAUUGUUAGUAAUAUUAGAUUGAAAUAUUGAAAUAAACUAGGCAAUAAGCCUUAAGAUGCAAAUUAAUACCGAGAAAUAUAAUCUCAAAUUUCUGUGUUCAACAAGGUAGUCUCUUUUUCACUACUAACUUUAUACUGAAUAAGAUAUUUUGAUAUUUUGUUAAGAAUAAAUUUAUCGGGGGCCAACACCGUGGCUCACUUGGUUAAUUCUCCACCUGUGGUGCUGGUAUCCCAUAUGGGCACUGGGUUCUAGUCCUGGUUGCCCUCUUUCUGUCCAGCUCACUGCUAUGGCCCAGGAAGGCAGUGGAGGAUGGCCCAACUGCUUGGGCCCUGCACCUGCAUGGGAGGCCAGGAGAAAGCACCUGACUCCCGGCUUCCGAUGGGUGCAACUCCAACUGUGGCGGCCAUUUGGGGAGUGAACCAAUGGCAGGAAGACCUUUCUGUCUCUCUCACUGUCUAUAACUGCCUGUCAAAUGAAAAAAAUUACUAGUUUUUCAUAAAAUCUGCAGUUUUGAAAAGGUUCUAAAAUCCUUCCAAUUCUAAAUGUCUAUGACUCGUAACUCAUUAGCAUGUAUUGCAUUCUUUACAUCUAAGUAAUCCUAAUUCACUUUUAAAUGAUUAACAGAUCUGCUGUUAUAUAUAAAUACAUGCUUUUCCAAAAAUCAUACAAUAAGCAGGCUACAUACCUUACUUCAAGUAAAACUGCCAUAUCCAGUCCUAUAGAUUGUAAAUAAGACAGUUUCAAUUGUUCAGCGUUAUCAAUUAUAAAUUCCAAUAGCAUAGCAAUAGUCAUAAGAAUAAAGGGGCCUAUGCUGGGGCGUAGCAAGUAAAGCUGUGGCUUGCAGUGCUGACAUCCCACAUGGGUGCCAGUUCAAUUCCUGGCUACUCAAAUUACUAUCCAGCAGUAGAAGAUGGCCUGGGCCCUUGGGCUCCUGCACCUGUGUAGGAGACCAAAAAGAAGCUGCUGGCUCCUGGCUUUGGAUAGGCACACAGCCACUGUGGCCAAAUGGGGAGUGAACCAGCAGUUGGAAGAUGGCUCUCUCUCUCCUUCUCUCUGUGUGUAACUCUGACUUUCAAGUAAAA